CUGCUUCAUUCCUCUUUGCAUGAGCUAAAUAGCUGAAUUCUUUACUUCUCUUCGAUCGACUCCCAUUCCAAAGAACUGGAGUUGCAAGAACUCUGUUGAACCUCGAAAAGAUUGAUUGUGGAUUCCUCCGUGCAAAGAUAAGUCUCACCCCAGCGAGACGAGAUUGUGCAAGAACUGGUUUUGUUUAGAUUUCUUUGUGCAGGUUGCCGAGAGGAGGAUGGUUUCCUGUAGUACCAGUGAUGGUGAACAAGAAUCCAGCUCGGAUCCAAAUGUUCCUGAGCUCAGGGACUACCGUAUCCAAAUCCCAUCGCUUCAGAAAACACUGCUGGAGCCAAGAAGCGGUAGGAGCAGGCUCUUGGAUUUGUUGAAGAAGCUUAAUUUCUCUUCCCCGCUCAGAAUUCUCCGUCGAACUCUGAACCAAAGAGAGGAGAUCUCGCUUUCCGUCCCUUCUCCCGUCGGCAUCCAACGGCGCUUCCAUGUUCAGUUCUUCGGGAGAAUCAACUGGUCAUCUUUCUUCGGCACCUGCAGAGCUUGGCUGAAAAAUCCCAUGAACAUUGCCCUUCUCAUCUGGCUAAUCUGCGUUGCAGUCUCCGCCACCAUGCUGGGCCUCCUCCUCCUCGGAUUGCUGAACAACGCAUUCCCCACAAAAUCCUCGAGAAACCACUGGAUCGAGAUCAACAACCAGGUCCUCAAUGCGCUCUUUACGCUCAUGAGCAUCUACCAGCACCCCAGGCUCUUUCACCACCUCGUCAUGCUAUGCCGGUGGAACUCAGAGGACAUCGUCGAGCUCAGAAAGAUAUACUGCAAGAACGGAGCCUAUCGACCUCACGAGUGGGCUCACAUGAUGGUCGCCCUGCUCCUCCUUCACAUCACUUGCUUUGCGCAGUACACCUUGUGUGGUCUCUACUGGGGCUACGCCAGGAAGAACCGACCGGAGUUCCUCGAGGACUUCUUCUUCGCCUUGGGGCUUGCAGCGCCGGUCUUGGCUGCUCUGUACACACUGUAUAGUCCUCUUGGAAGGGAAUAUAGCUCCAAUUCGGAUGAAGAAUCACAAUCUCAGAUACCCAAAGCUUGCGAUGAGCAACGCAGGAAGCACGGCCCGAGAACUGCAGCGAGCAAACCCGAGUGGGCUGGAGGACUUCUCGACGUCAGGGACGACAUUACCGUCUGUUACCUCUCCUUCUUCUGCACCUGCUGCGUCUUCGGUUGGAACAUGGAGAGACUCGGGUUCGGUAACAUGUACGUCCACAUCUUCACCUUCCUCCUGCUCUGCGUCGCGCCGUUCUGGAUCUUCAACAUCUCGGCUCUCAACAUCCACAACUACGUCAUCGGAGAUGUCAUCGGGAUCGCCGGAGUAGUCCUGUGCGCGUUCGGGCUGCUGUACGGGGGGUUUUGGAGGAUCCAAAUGCGGAAAAGAUUCAAACUCCCCGGCGACACAUGCUGUUUGGGCUCGGCGUCGCUUACGGACUACGGCAAGUGGUUGUUCUGCUGGGCGUGUUCUCUGGCACAGGAGGUGCGCACCGGGAACCUCUACGAUGUGGAAGAUGACAGCCUCUCGAGGAGGGUAAUGCAAAGUGGGGAUGGAGAGGGGGAGAGUGCUGUGGAUCCUCGACCCUGUCAAGAUGAUUCCGGAACAGCAAUGACCACAUCUGAGACGCAGCAUAGGGAAGGGGAAAAUGAUGGCGCAGCUGCAGAAGAUGCCGCAUUGGUUCUCAGUGAUGUGAUGAAUCCACCAAUUCCACCAUUGAUACAGUUAAGAGAGGUGGUCUGCGACGAUGACUCUAUUCAUCCACCACCUUCGACUUGAACUGUGCAACUUGAGAUUUUUCUUGUUU